AACGUACCGAACUUGCUCCGCACUCAAGGAAGUGCGGGGAAAUUUGUGCGCUUCUUCCAGCCGAGUUGGUCCAUGUUAUGCUUUGGUGGCGUUUCUCUUUUGCAGCUUAUAUGGAAGCUUGAAUACUUUCCCCCAACGUAAAGGAUAAGAUACUUCCACAGCUGAAGAUAUGCCACGGAGAAAGAGAACGGCAGGAAGCAGCUCGGAUGGAACAGAGGACUCUGAUUUUUCUGCCGACCUCGAACACGUCAAAGCUGCAGUAAGGGCGCGUCGGCGCAGCAGUACGCGCCUGACUCGCGCAUCCCUGCGCCUCAGCCAGAGCUCACAAGAUAACUCCAGCUCAUUACGCAGCGGCUCCCCGGCUGCUGCCGCUCACGAUGAGGGCCCUGAUUCCGCAGCGGAGUCGGCCCCAGCAGCAGCAACAGCAGCACCUGCCUCCGUCUUCUCCUCUGGACGCAGGAUCACACGUAGCCAGCAGGGGGCAGCAAACCCCAAAGCCAAAAGAUACCAUUUGCGUCAGAGCAGGUCGUCUGGCUCAGACACAGAAGCCAAUGCAGACGCAAAACAAGGAGUGGACCAGGACGAGACGCCCCCGCGGACCCCAACAGGCAACGCCCCAUCCUCGGAGUCAGAUAUUGACGUUUCCAGUCCGAGCAAUGACCACGUGUCUUCUAACAACAAUAUUGUCGUUUCACAAGAGGAGGACGAGAGACUGGCGAAAGAGCUGUCGCUCAAAGAGGCCGCCGCCCACGACCUCUCCCAUCGACCCAAACGACGACGAUUCCACGAAAGCUACAAUUUUAACAUGAAGUGUCCGACCCCAGGAUGCAACUCACUCGGUCAUCUAACAGGAAGACAUGAGAGACAUUUCUCCAUAUCAGGCUGCCCACUAUACCACAACCUCUCUGCUGAUGAAUGCAAGGGCAAGGCAACGACACGCGACAAGCAGUCUGAAGAAAGGACGCUGACGCACCGGCAGGAUGAGAACAGACACUCCACAAGGCACCAGGCCCCCACAGAGGGACAGCAGCGCUACAAAGAUAAGGUGACAGAGCUGAGGCGGAAGAGGAACUCUGGCCUCAAUAAGGAGCAGAAGGAGAAAUAUACAGAACACCGACAGAGCCACGGGACGAGCCGGGAGCCGCUGCUGGAGAACAUCACCAGCGACUAUGACCUUGAGCUGUUCAGGAAAGCGCAGGCACGUGCCUCGGACGACCUUGAGAAGCUCCGUCUGGCCGGCCAGGUGUCGGAGGGCAGCAACAUGAUCAAAACCAUUGUGUUUGGCCGCUUCGAGCUGGACACCUGGUACCACUCGCCGUACCCCGAGGAGUACGCCCGCCUGGGGAGGCUCUUCAUGUGCGAGUUCUGCCUCAAGUAUAUGAAGAGCCAGACCAUUCUGCGCAGGCACAUGGCCAAGUGUGUGUGGAAGCAUCCACCAGGCGACGAGAUCUACAGAAAGGGGAACAUCUCUGUCUUUGAGGUGGACGGAAAGAAGAACAAGAUUUACUGUCAGAACUUGUGUCUGCUAGCGAAACUCUUCCUGGACCACAAGACGCUGUACUACGACGUGGAGCCAUUCCUCUUCUAUGUCAUGACGGAAGCCGACAACACAGGAUGUCACCUAGUCGGAUAUUUCUCCAAGGAGAAGAACUCGUUCUUGAACUACAACGUGUCCUGCAUCCUCACCAUGCCGCAGUACAUGAGGCAAGGCUACGGAAAGAUGCUCAUUGACUUCAGCUAUCUGUUGUCCAAGGUGGAGGAAAAGGUGGGCUCGCCUGAGCGCCCCCUGUCCGACCUGGGUCUGAUCAGCUACAGGAGUUACUGGAAAGAUGUUCUGCUGCGGUACCUCAACAGUUUUCAGGGAAAGGAGAUCUCCAUCAAAGAGAUCAGCCAGGAGACGGCGGUGAAUCCGGUGGACAUUGUCAGCACACUGCAGUCCCUUCAAAUGCUCAAAUACUGGAAAGGAAAGCACCUGGUUUUAAAGAGACAGGACCUCAUUGACGACUGGAAGGCGAAGGAGACCAAACGCGGUAAUGGGAAGACCAUUGACCCCACGGCCUUAAAAUGGACGCCGCCUAAAGGGACGUAAAGGAGCUUCCUUCUUCCUCCUCCUUCGUUCACUGGCAUCCUCACAGCUGCAGCACAGUCACAUCUGACUACCGUUCACCAUUUCUUUGGGUUCAAACAGUUUACGUGUUGACUUAAGUGAAACAAAUAUAUCACUAUGUAAAUUUUAAAGGUUUUUAUUAUUAUUAUUCCUGCGGUUCUCACGCUUAAAUACUUUACAUUAAAAGGAAAAUGUGGACAAAGUUGGACCUGGAUUUUAAUAGGGUUUGGACUGAUGAUAUGAAGAAAAAAGUUAUACUUGAACUAGACCAUUAAAUUUAUGGGUUAGUUCAUAAGAAAUUUUUACAACUAAAAUGGUUAUAUUAAGAUAUAUAAAUUGUGAUAUUUGCUGUAUACGUGAAGAACUCUUCUGGAGUUCCUAUAUAUUAACUAAUUUAUGCAAAGACAAACUUGACCUCUAAGGGUACAGGGUAGAUAAAGUUUUACACUUUUUAUGAAUUUUAGGUUGGGAGCAGAGUUUAGCGCGUAAUAAUUUUCUUUAUCAUUUCUUGUUAGAUUUGGACCGACGGCGUCUUGCAAAAGUAUUCAUACCCACUGACAUUGACGUACUUUACAUAAAACCUAUAGCUUGUAACUGGUUUUCCUCCAAGAUUUCCCUGUCUUUAGCUCCACCCAUCUUCCAAUUCUUACCAGCUUUCCCGUCUGCUGAAGGAAAAACUUCCCAAAUGACCAAAAAAAAAAUUAAGGAGUAUGAACACUUUUUGCAAGAAACUAUAAAGCCUUUGCAUACAGGAUGUCUGAAUCAUCAUGUAGUUUGGUCUUAGGUCUCAGUGAGCCCAUGUGUUAUCUGAAAAGUGAAACUAAUAGAGCGCCACUCGCCUGCCUCAUCACUCAAUUAGUAACGGGCACCAGACGCGCCUGCUAAUCCAAUCUGUGGCGGGCGGCAUCGAACUGGAGCCGCACCUCGUUCCGCUGUGGAGAUGCAACGCAGGUCAGCAACACGUUGACCUAUGUGAAGACGUCCUGGCUGACGCAAACCACCUGGCCUGGCUGGGUUAGAAGGACACACCCUGAAAAUAUACAGUUUGUUAAAAUAAGAGCUCUGAAGAAGUGGACUUUUUAAAAAUAAUUGUGUCUUAAAAACCUGUUUAGAGUUAAAAUUAUUACUAUUUAUCUUUUAAAUGUCUAGAGAAACUCGUUUACACACUGUUUCCAACUUGAAUGGGAUGGUUUCCUUAGACAUUGGUUGUAAAAUCAAUUUGCUUUUGUUCUAAUUUCUGUGUACAAGUGAGUGGAGUGAACCAGCACUUCCUACCAAUCUGCAUCUGAAGUCAACAUUUUAAAUCCCACUAAGUAUCAAAAAAGAAAAAUCGAUUUGGAAAUAUUUUAGUGAUUGUGUAACUCUUCAUCUGGUAACAUCGAAGAAAAAUGUCUGUUUGAACCCAAAGUAAAUAACCUGUACGCGUCUUGUGUCUUACGUUCAGUCUGUCUCGGCGGUCAGUUUGCCAGGAAGCUAUAGCUGCCACUGGCCACGUUCAGACGGCCCUCUGCUGUCGGACAGAUUGUCACCUAGAUGUGGGUGUGGGAUCGAUCACCUCUUGCCUGUUUUUACUCGUUUUCGUAUCACUCGUGAUGUUUGCGGUGUCCGAGGUUACACACGUUUGUUCUGUAUCCUUUCAUUUUUAAAAGUUCUCAUUUCAGUUUUAUACUUUUUCUACCUCUGAGGUUUUACUACUGUUUAACAGUUCAAGCAACUGUUGUUCUGUGUUUUCCUUUUUAACAUGUGUUGACAAUUUUAUUUUAUUUUUUUUCUAGUGGUUUAACCCAUUUGGCGUUUCCCUUCUUUUAAUAGCAUAAUUAAUGCUAUUAUUUACAUUUUUCUCUUGGGGGUAUUUAUAUUCUUAACUUUAGAGCGUAAAGGGAUGCUUUAUUUAGCUGGACUGGCUUUCUUGUAAAUAUAUUUAUGUGAGACCAAUAUGUAGAUCUGAAUGUUGAAAGGUCGUUUAAAGAAGGAGGAUUUCAGGUCAUCCAACCCAGCAAACAGUGACAGAUUUUUUAUUUUUUUUUUACAUUUCAGAGGCUUAUUGCCUGCUAUAGGAAGUGACAAGACUGAGUCAAAAUGUGUCACUUUUGGACAUUGUCACCACUUGUUACAGCAAAAACAAAAAAAUGACAAGGAUGAAUACGGUAUAAAUGAGCUUGAUUAGCAGCCCACACUGACAGACCGAAAGGGAUUUUGUUUUAUUAAUAUUUGUAUUGGUAAUUAAUCUAAUUCUAUUUAUGUGAUUAGUCAUAAUCUGUUAAAUGCACAGUUUAUUAUUUUUGAGAAUAUGCUGUAAGAUAAAUAAGCUAAAACCUACUACCGUUUUCGUUAGAUUAGCACAAAGACUAUGAGCCGUUAGCUAGCCAGGUUGUUGCUUCUUCUGCUCCUGUAAUUGAUCAGUUUAAAAUAAACCAAAUGUAGAACAUAUUUAUGGGACUCAUAUGGGUCCUUGUUUAGAGCAAAGUCAAUCUUCUAGUUUCUUUUUGUUUUAGUCUUUGAAAUAAGCUGAGCAAACUGAGUAGUUCAGCUUAGUUUUGUACUUAGCUACCCAGCUGCUAGCCUUGGUUUGCACUUUUUUUGCUUUACAGCUAUCCUUACGUAGCUUCUUACUGGGCUAAACAAAAUCACUAUAGCAUAGAUGUGUACUUAGCGACUACCAGUGUUGAGCAUAGCUUUGUACUUAGUUUAGCUAAGCUAUCUGAAUGGUAGCUUAGCAUAGCUUUGUACUUAGCCAAGCUAAGUGACUGUCAUCUUAGCUUUGUUUUGUGUUCAGCUAAGCAACCUGAGUGGUUGUUUAGCAUAGGUCUGUACUUAGCUAAGCUUACUGAUUGAUGUCCUAGCUUAAUUUUGUGUGGUAGCCUAGCAUAGUUUUUUUUUAACCUAUCUAAGCUAACUCACUGCUGUCUUAGCUUUGUGUCUGAAUCUGAGUGGUUGCUAAGCAAUCUGAAUGGUAGCUUAGCAUAGCUUUGUACUUAACUAAGCUAACUGUCAUCUUCGCUUUGUUUUGUAUUUAUCUAAGCAGUCUGAGUGGUUGCCUAGCAUAGCUUUGUACACAGCUAAGCUAACCAACUGCUGUCUUAGCUUUGUCUUUAGUUAAGCAAACUGAGUGGUUACUUAGCACAGGGUUAGAACUUAGCUAAGCUGAAUGACUGCUGCAUUCACUUAGCUUUUAUUUACCUCACCAAUCUGAGUAGUGACUGACCUAAAUUUGUAUUUAGCCUGCUUUAUACUGCUAGCUUAGCUUAGCUGUGUACUUGGCUUACAAGAGCAUGCUAUCUUAGCUUUUAGUUUUGUAAGCAACAAGAAACAAGAUAAGUGGCUUGUGAUGAAAUUGAAGUCUCAACAUCAUUUGAUCAUAAAACAUGUAUUUUUUUCCCCAUUUGAUAUUUUGUUUUGGAGCUUUAAACAUUUAGUUGCUGACAUUUUUUUUGUCUCUGCCAGACUGUAUUUUUUUUUGUACAUUUUGUCUAGUGUGGUGUAAUAUAUUCUUUCUGUAAAAUAUGUGAAGUUGAAGAUAUUCUCACUGUUUCUUUGUUUCCUCUGUUCAUGCAUCUGUAGAAACAUGGCUGGCAGGCCGAUCUUAAUAUGUUUUUACUUAAAUUCUAAAUAAGGACUAUUUUUUGUGCCAACCGUUAAAGGCAAAGCGCACUCCAUUGGUUUAAAGUUGUCAAAGAACAAAAGUCUAUCCAAGGAAACUCUUCAAAUGACUGUUUCAUACUUGACUGUGAAUCUUCUGGUGUUGAGCGCUCGUCUUUUACAACAAAGCAUAGCUUGAACCUAUUUCCUGUUUCUUAACCUUGGGAGAAUGGUUACCUUGUUUUUAACACAAAAGGAAUACAUCCUAUUUGGUAACGCUUUAUUUGAAUGGUGUCUAUAAGACUUACAUAACACCUGUCAUGAAAAUGAAGACACUUCAGGAAUGUUUACGUCUGUUGUCAUGAAGUGUUAUUCGGCAAAUAAUGACACUUUCAAUGCAAAAUUGAGACAUUUAAUGGACUUUUAAUCCUACUUUGCAUUAUUUACCGAACGACACUUCAUGAACAUUCAGGAAGAUUCCUUCAUGUUCAUGGUAGGUGUUAUGUCAUGUUUAUGACUUCAAAUAAAGUGUUACCUCUUAUUUUAUUUUAGAACAUGAAAUUCUCAUUUGAUGAUAAAAUAAACUUGAAAUAACGGGCUCCAUCCACACCACAGACUAUUUUUGUCAGAAAUAGUCUGUGUGUUGAGCGUGUCAGUCCAUUGUAACUAUGGUGAGAUAUUCUCACAUCGUGUCUUUGUAUGCCUUGAGGUCACCAUACCCAUUUUGUUUCUUUUGUAUUGUGUUUUUUUUUAUCCAAUUAUUGUUUCUGUAUUAUUUUUACCUUUUUUUGUUUGUUUUGGUUUUUGUGCCAAUGGCAGCUAUAGAUAGACAGCUUCCAAACUUGUUACAGGUCUUCACCUUCCUAAAUAGAAAUAGAAAAAAAAAAUACAUAUAUAUAUAUAUGUCACCAAGUAAACUUUCCUCAGCUUCCAUCAGUCAGCAGCAAGCUGUUGUAUACUGCUACUACCUAAUAAACCACUCACAAAGCAGCAACAGAGAAAAGUAGCGAAAAGUGGCAUUGGUAUGUAGCUCAGUUGUGCUUUUGCACUUGCUUUCACCCCCUUCCACCUAAUAAAUGCAAUCGUUGAAACAGA